GCCUCGUUCGCGACGCGACCCGACCUGCGGAGCCGCAACAGGCGGCAACCGUCUGUCCCGGGUGGUGGCGCCCCGCCGGCAGCAGCGCAGCUAGAGGCAGGGUCGCCUCGGUCUCUCCGGCCGACAGUGAUUCGGCGGCCAAACCUACCGGUAGCAACCAAAAUUUGGGACUCAGAUCGCGUCACACGCUGGGGGAAAAAAAAGACGUUUUUUUUUUUUUUAAUUUUCUGUCUUUGUUGGGGGAUUGCCGGAUUGGUUCGUUGGCUCGCCGAUCCGUAGUUAAGUACUCGGUUAUGUAGCGUGCGCCGUUGGGCUCUCUGUGCCUGCUCGGUUUUUUUGCUUGCGGCGACAAGGGAAGGCGAAGAGGAGGAGGAGGAGGAGGGGAGCAAUGGGAGGGGCGGAGGAUGGGCCGCGCGGCGCGGCGAACGGGCACGGGAAUGGGGCCUCGGUGGAGGAGAAGCUGGACGAGCUGCGGCGGCUGCUGGGCAAGGCCGACGGCGACCCGCUCCGGAUCGUCGGCGUCGGCGCCGGGGCAUGGGGCAGCGUCUUCUGCGCGCUGAUGCAGGACGCGUACGGCCACCUCCGCGACAAGGUGCAGGUCCGCAUCUGGCGCCGCCCGGGCCGCGCCGUCGACCGCGCCACCGCCGAGCACCUCUUCGAGGUCAUCAACGCCCGGGAGGACGUCCUCCGCCGCCUGAUCCGCCGCUGCGCCUACCUCAAGUACGUCGAGGGCCGCCUCGGCGACCGCACCCUCUACGCCGACGAGAUACUCAGGGACGGCUUCUGCCUCAACAUGAUCGACACGCCGCUCUGCCCGCUCAAGGUCGUCACCAACCUGCAGGAGGCCGUCUGGGACGCCGACAUUGUCAUCAACGGGCUGCCAUCCACGGAGACAAGGGACGUCUUCGGGGAGAUUGGGAGGUACUGGAAGGAGAGGAUUGCUGCCCCCAUCAUCCUCUCGCUGGCGAAAGGGAUAGAAGCCUCCCUGGAUCCCCUGCCACGGAUCAUAACUCCCACACAGAUGAUUAGCAAUGCAACGGGGGUUCCAUUGGAGAACAUUCUUUAUCUUGGCGGCCCUAAUAUUGCUUCAGAAAUUUACAAUAAAGAAUAUGCAAAUGCUCGUAUAUGUGGAGCUGACAAAUGGAGAAAACCUCUUGCUAAAUUUUUGAGGCAGCCCCAUUUUAUUGUGUGGGAUAAUAGUGAUCUCAUUACCCAUGAAGUCAUGGGAGGUUUGAAAAAUGUGUAUGCCAUCGGUGCCGGUAUGGUGGCAGCUCUAACAAAUGAGAGUGCAACCAGCAAAUCCGUUUACUUUGCACUAUGCACAUCUGAAAUGAUUUACAUAACCCACCUUUUGGAAGAAGAACCUGAAAAGCUUGCUGGACCAUUAUUGGCUGACACAUAUGUUACAUUGCUGAAGGGUCGUAAUGCCUGGUACGGCCAGAAACUAGCUAAAGGUGAACUGACUCUAGAGAUGGGUGACAGCAUAAAAGGCAAAGGAACCAUUCAGGGUGUCUCCGCAGUCGAUGCAUUUUAUGAACUCCUGAGUCAGGAUAGCUUAAGCGUAAUGCACCCCGAAGCCAAUAGAUCAGUUGCACCGGUUGAGAUGUGCCCUAUCCUGAAGGCACUAUAUAAAAUUUUGAUAAAGAGGGAACUUCCACCCGAUUCGAUCCUUCAGGCCAUAAGAGAUGAAACAAUGUAUGAUCCACGCGAAAGAAUUGAGAUGGCGCAGGGCCAUUCACUUUACCGACCAUCUCUUCUUGGUCAACCGAGAGGAUAUGCCAAAUAGGCAGUUCUUCCCUUUUUUUUUUUUCUGCUAGACAUCCUGUAACUCACAGGCUGUAAGCUGUGUGUGGUAGUAUUUAUGCUUGCUGUUGCUGUUGUUGUAACACUAGUAAGUUCCAACAAGAGACGAGAUCUCCAGUUGAUUGCUUCAAGACUUGCUGAGCAUGUUAUGUAGUUUGAUUUGUUAAA